AUGGCUGACAAUAAGAAAGCUAGGUUGCAAGCUCAAAGUCCAAAAGAUCCAACAAGAAAACAACUCAUCACAAUAGUGGAAGAUGCAUUUGAAGAGCAAAUUGAGGCUCCGAAGAAGAAAAAGAAGGUUCAACCAAACUCACUUUUUCAAGGAUGUGAACAUAAUGGGAAUAAUUCAAAGGCUGUUGAAAAGAACCCCCAAAAUGGGAAUGAGACAAUGUUUCAAUCUGAAAAGAACUCGAAAACUGGGAAUAAAAAAACUAUUGAAGGUGAUACAAUGGAUCAAGAUGAUGCAAGUUCUAAUGAGGAAGGAGAAGAUACAAGUGAGCUGAGCAUAGAGUCAAACAAAAAAGGAAUGAGUAUUGACAUGUAUUUUAAGGUGCAUGUGAUUAAUUUCAAAGACGAGGAAGAUGAGGAAAAUGAGGAAGAGGAGCAAGAUACUGCAAAUAUUGAGGGUAGUGGAGGACAAGCUAGUAAUGAAGGCACUAAAAAGAAAACUCGUGGCAAGACCUUAUGCAAAAAAACUUCAUACCACUGA